UUGAGAAGUUCUUCUGUCCUCGGCCCUCCCCUCCUUUGACAGUUUUCUUAUUUCACCACAUCUUCUAAUGAUUUCCUCUCAAGCCAGGGGAACUAGGGAAUUGGAAUUCCCCCGAAGUCAGUGAAUCUAAUGUUUUCUUUAGGCACGUGAUCCGAGAUUGCGAAAAAUGGGAGAGAGGAGCCUACAAGCAGCAGCCAGAGAAGGGGGGCAAGGAGAGGAAGCAACUGACUGGAGCCGAUAUUCUUCAGAAAUUUCUCCAGAUUUCUGCCACCAUGAAGUUCUGGCUGAUCCUCCUAGGCCUGGCCACAACUCUGAUACCAAGCUUCUCACAGGAGGUGCCAGAAGACAGCAUAAGAGAAGCUGAGAAUGAUGGAGCUGAGCCGACUCAACCCACAAACAAUGGCGGAUGGAAUUGGUCCUGGAAUUGGCCACCCAUCUUCAGACAGGUGCCAGAAAAGACCAUAAGAGAAGCUGAGAAUGAUGGACCUGAGCUGACCCAGCCCACAAAUAAUGGCGGAUGGAAUUGGCCCUGGAAUUCCUUUGGACAGGGUCCUGAGGUUACAGAAGAGCCAGUCCGGACAACAAGCAGCAGCAACAACAACAACAAGGAAACCGGAACAUGGUACCCGUUCAACUUCAGCAAGUUCCUUAAAUUUUGGGACUCUCAGGGGAUUCCAGUUGAGAAUGAAGAGAAUGUUACAGCAGAGCCAGCCCCAACAAAACCAACAACAGCAGAGGCAACUACACCUAAACAGCGCCAACCACGCAUCAAUCCAUGGGCCACGUGCGCUCGUGCCACUACAGAGGAUGAAAAGAAGUUGUUUGAGGCUCUAACUGAAUUUUCUGUGGAGUUCUAUAAAGCAGCAAUCCGACAUGAGAACCAUGGCUCUAACUUGAUCUUUUCACCCUUCAGUGUCGCAGUGAUGCUCUCCAACCUAUUGCUGGGCACCUGCGAUCAAACCAAGGACCGUCUUGAGAGGCUUCUCUUUUAUCCUGAAGGAUUCACAUGUGUCCAUAGAGCACUAGAGAGUCUCCAGAAAUCAGAGGCCUUGACCUCCGCCAAUGCAAUGUUUUUCCAACCAGGUCUCCCCUUGGAAAAUGAUUUCCGCAACCUGACAAGGAUGUUCUAUAAAACCAAAAUGGCUCACCUUACUAAUAACAGCAACCAGGAUGUGACCGACAUCAACAGUUGGGUGAGCCAAAGUACUAACAAGAAGAUCAAGAAGAUUGUGAACGAGCUGGAUUCUGAUGCCAAGAUGAUACUCCUCAAUGCUGUCUACUUCCACUCCAAGUGGAAGGAAAUGUUUGUAGUGAAAGACACAAAGAAGGGAAAAUUCUACCGCCCAGGCUUAUCUCCCAUCAAUGUUCAAAUGAUGAUGAAUAAGAAGUACCCAAUGGCCUCCUUCAUUGACCACAGCCUGCAGGCUAAGGUUGGCCGACUGCAGCUGUCUAACAACAUGAGCCUGGUCAUCAUCAUGCCCCGCUCCAUAACUCAAAAUCUCACCGAGGUGGAGGAGCGCCUCAGCGCAGUUGUCUUCAAGUCAGUGAUGACCAAGCUGGAGAGCAGCCAUAUCAAGCCUACCGUCGUAUACCUACCCAAAUUCAAGGUGGACACUUCCCAGAACCUCAUGGACAUAAUUGGAGAUAUGGAUUUUGGCUUUUUCUAUGAUGCUGAUCUGUGUGAGAUCUCCACGGAUAAGGAAUUGGCUGUGUCCAGUGCUCACCACAGGGCUGUGCUGGAAAUCAAUGAGGAAGGAGUGGAGGCGGCGGCUGCCACAGUUGUCUCCCUGGCACGCACGGCCAAUAUCUUUGAAGUGUCUCAGCCCUUCCUUGUUGCAGUGAUGAGGGAUAAUGGGUUCCCAGUCUUCAUGGGGCGCAUCAACUACCCACAGGCAGAAUAACGUUCUCCUCCUUGCUCCUGUCAGCUUCUGCCAGACACCCACAGGAUUGCCCCUGGCUCAACCUUCACUAUUUACACAUGAAGCCUUGUGCAAGUGGCUGUAUCAUGUUCCUUUGGUAUCCCCCCUUUUAUUAUUUUGCAUUAUAAUUUUAUCCUCCCAUUCCUAUGCCUUUAAUAAAAAAAGCUGGUUUCCCUCCC